GUCUUUUGUCUCUUUUCGUCACUUGUCAAGGCACUUCACCUCUUCUUGUUUAAGCCCUUUUCUCCCCCUCUUUGGGUUACCGCUUACAUCGUCUCUUUUUUCGAUGCUGUCGUGGUCUUUCGCUUUGUAGACCUCCCCUAUUCUUAUUCUCCACGUCUCUUUCCCUUUCCCUUUCCCACGCUCAUUCUCACAGCCUCUUCUUGUACACAUUGAAACCUAUCUGCGCUUCCUCACUCCGGGAUCCCGACCUCGACUUUCCUCACGAAACAGAACUUUCUUCUCUUGUCAAACAUAUCCGAUACCCCAGUGCAGGCCCGCAACCAUGGCAGCAGUGACAGCAGCGACGGCCUCGUCGCCCUCGGCCGCAGUCGACCCCUCCACGCGCAAACGCGUUCUCAGAGUCGUCACUAUCUCUCUCCUUCUCGACUUGAUAUCCUUCACCUUCAUCCUCCCUCUCUUUCCGAAGCUCCUCGAGUUCUACCGCGAUCGUGAAGUCGGCCCCGCUAUCGCCAACGCCAACGCCCCUGCGACCCUCCUGCAAUCCGUUCUCUCGGGCCUGAACCGCUACAAGGCUGCCUUCGCUCGACCCAUUGACUCGCGCUACGACAUCGUCCUCCUCGGCGGCGCCCUCGGGUCCCUCUUCAGCCUGCUGCAGGCGGUCGCCUCCCCGCUUAUCGGUCGCCUCUCUGACCGUCACGGCCGCCGCACCGCCCUGCUGGCCUCCAUGUGCGGCAACAUCCUCUCCGUGCUCCUGUGGGUCGUCGCCGUCGACUUCCGCACCUUUGUGGCCUCACGCGUCGUCGGUGGCCUGUCCGAAGGCAACGUCCAGCUCGCGACCGCCAUGGCGACCGAUAUCUCGGACGAGCAGAGCAGAGGCUCGACAAUGGCCCUCAUCGGCGCCUGCUUCUCCAUCGCCUUCACCUUCGGCCCCGGCCUGGGCGCCUGGCUGAGCACCAUCACCACCGUCAAGGAGAACCCCUUCGCCACCGCCGCCGGCUUCAGCCUGUUCCUCAUUCUGACCGAGACGAUCUACCUGUACUUUUGCCUCCCCGAGACCCUCCCCGCCCUGACGGGCAAGGGCCACGCCGUUGCGACCAAGGGCGAGAAGGAUACCAAAACGACGAAGACGACUACUGCUCCGAGCCCGCUGCUGCGCACAAACUCUCACUUCCUCCUCAAUGCCGUCCACUUCGUCUUUCUGCUCUUCUUCUCCGGUAUGGAGUCCUCGCUGUCCUUCAUGACCUACGAGCUCUUCGCCUUCGGCUCCUCCAAAAACGGCCGUCUCCUUGGCUUUGUCGGCCUCGUCGCCUCGAUCCUGCAGGGCGGCGUCACACGCCGCCUGCCGCCCUUGCUCUCCGUGCGCGUUGGCGUCGUGGCAUGUCUCGUGUCCUUCGUCCUGCUGGGCCGCAUCACGACCACCUCGGGGCUGUACGUCGCGGCGACAUGCCUGGCCAUCACCUCGGCGACGGUCGUUACUGGCCUGAACGCUCUUAGUAGCUUCGAGGCCGCCGAGGGCGAGCGCGGUGGCAAGCUUGGUAUCCUCCGCGGCUGGGGCCAGCUUGGUCGCGGGCUGGGACCCAUCCUCUUCACGAGCGUCUACUGGUGGGCCGGUCGCGAGGUCGCGUACACCAUGGGCGCUACGGGGAUAGCGGUCGUGGCCGCGGCUGUGUUUGCAGGUCUUAAGACACCACCCGGCUCGUUGAAGAAGAAGGUACCCGCCGAGAAGAAGGCCGCAUAAGGCUCGUGGUCUUGAUAUAAAAGUAGGGGUCGGUCGCGAAGCAUCGUGUGGUGGUUUUUCUCGUAUUGAUAUGUCGUAUUUUGUAGAUGUACAUGGUGGGAGAUAAUGCAUCAUUCAGGAGUCCGGUACAGGUUAGAUGUAUUAUACUUCGGGAAUUGUACAUGUCGUUUGUUGU